CGGUACUUCCGGUGCGGAAGGCUGUUAUGUAGCCGCACUCUAUCAGUGUGAGGUGAGCUGACAAGAGCUGUAGUAUUUGUUAAAACUUGAACUUUGCUAGUCAUAAUUUUCUCACUUGACGAGAGGUAACGUGUUCAAAUAAAUAUAAAGAGUCAAGGUGACGCUGUAGUCGCCUUUCUAUGGAGACAUCUUCAUAAAAAAGGGCAAACAGCGAGCAAUAAUGCAGAGUCUCAUGGCGAUUAUCGGGCAAUAUCGCAAAACUAUUGCUGUGGCCACAAUAACAGGAGUGGGCCUCUUGGGUGUAAAGAAAUGGCUGGCAGGCGGGGUGUGUCGGAGCAGAGCUCGGCUGGAUGGAAAGACGGUCUUGAUUACUGGAGCCAACACUGGGAUUGGCAAAGAAACAGCUGUUGACCUGGCUAGCAGGGGUGCGAAGGUCAUUCUGGCCUGCAGAGACAUGGACCGGGCUAACAAAGCUGCAGAAGACAUCAGGCAGAGGAGCGGAAAUGAUAACGUGAUUGUCAAAAAGUUGGACCUGGCAUCUCUACAGUCAGUGCGACAACUAGCCAAAGACAUCGAAGGAAGUGAAGAGAGGCUGGAUGUUCUCAUCAAUAACGCAGGUGUUAUGAGCUGUCCAAAAUGGCAGACGGAAGAUGGCUUCGAAAUGCAGUUUGGUGUGAACCACUUGGGUCACUUCCUUCUGACAAAUUGUCUCUUGGAUCUUCUAAAGAAGUCAGCUCCAAGCCGGAUCGUCAAUGUGUCCAGUUUAGCUCAUGAAAGAGGUCAAAUCUAUUUUGAUGACAUACACCAGGACAAAGAUUACCGGCCUUGGAGAAGCUAUUCGCAAAGCAAGCUAGCUAAUGUCCUCUUUACAAGGCAACUGGCCAACCGCCUGCAAGGCACAGGAGUGACAACAUACAGCCUCCAUCCUGGAGUCAUCCGGACAGAGCUUGGCCGGCACUUCUGGCCCACAAUGCCCCUGUGGAAGAGAGUUGUAUACACACCUCUGAUGCUGUUCAUCAAGUCUCCAAAGGAAGGGGCACAGACAACUAUCUACUGUGCUGUGGAGGAAAGCCUGCAGAAUGAGACUGGACUCUACUACAGUGACUGCGCCCCUAAAACAGCUGCCCCCCAGGCCCUAGACGAUGAAGCUGCCAAGAAACUGUGGAAUCUGAGUGCCUCUAUGGUUGGCCUGGCAUCAUGACGAUGAUGAUGAUGAUCACAGUACCAAUAGACUGCCAAGAGGCCUCGGGAAAGAGAGACACCCUUUUUAAUGAGCAUCUGUGCAACAAGUAACUUUAUCAGCUGAGCUCUUGACUAGUGUGACAAAUGAACCCAACUAAUGGGCAAACCAGAAAUUCACAAGUGAUAACAUUUAUUUAGAACGUACAACAAACUACAUAGAAAAAUACUAUGCAUUAAAUUAGUUUUUUCUAAGCGAAAGAAUGCUUCACAGUUAAUUUACAUGGAAGUUGUGUGAUGUUACAUUUUGAUUGCCGUUAGUGUGAAAUGACAUUUUAAAAGACAAGUAUCGCCAAUGACUGUUGGGUAAAGGCUGUAAUGUCAUUUAAUGUUCCUGGAAUACAUGAUAUAGAAAAUUACAUGUGCUUUGAAAGUUGUUAACUGUUAAUAGCAUCCCUUUUUUCAUCUGGGCAAUAAAGUGCUGUUUGACAUAGCCCAUCA